UGGCGCGGCUACCAUGGCGGCGGCGUUUGAAGCCCCGGCGGACUUAGCGCCCGGGGAGACCGCCGUGUCCGCGGAGCACGCGGCCGCACCGGCGCCGGCGCCGGCGCCCGCACCCAGACCCGUGCGGAGCCUGCGGACGGCCCACGAUGUCAGCGGCCCGCGGACCCGCACGGGGGACGUGCUGCUUUCGGAGCCCGCGGACUUCGAGUCGCUGCUGCUGUCGCGGCCGGUGCUGGAGGGGCUGCGGGCGGCCGGCUUCGAGCGGCCCUCGCCCGUGCAGCUGAAGGCCAUCCCCCUGGGGCGCUGCGGGCUCGAUUUAAUUGUUCAGGCGAAGUCUGGCACCGGGAAAACCUGUGUCUUCUCCACCAUUGCUUUGGACUCUCUUGUUCUUGAAAACUUAAGCACCCAGAUUUUGAUCUUGGCUCCCACAAGAGAAAUUGCUGUACAGAUCCAUUCUGUUAUCACAGCCAUUGGAAUAAAAAUGGAAGGCUUAGAGUGUCAUGUCUUUAUUGGAGGCACUCCCUUACCUCAAGACAAGGCCAGACUUAAAAAGUGUCAUAUUGCCGUUGGAUCUCCUGGCAGAAUUAAACAACUGAUAGAACUUGACUACUUGAACCCAGGCAGUAUCCGUCUCUUUAUUCUGGAUGAAGCGGAUAAGCUUUUAGAAGAAGGCAGCUUCCAGGAGCAAAUAAAUUGGAUUUAUUCUUCCUUGCCUGCCAGUAAACAGAUGGUGGCAGUAUCAGCUACUUAUCCAGACUUUUUGGCUAAUGCUUUGGCAAAGUACAUGAGAGAACCCACUUUUGUAAGACUCAAUUCCAGUGACCCAAGUCUCAUAGGUUUGAAGCAGUAUUACAAAGUUGUCAGUAUGUAUCCUUUGGCCCAUAAGAUAUUUGAGGAAAAGGCUCAGCAUUUACAGGAACUAUUCAGCAGAAUUCCAUUUAAUCAAGCCUUGGUCUUUUCUAAUUUGCACAGCAGAGCACAGCAUUUGGCUGAUAUCCUUUCUUCUAAAGGCUUUCCUGCAGAGUGCAUUUCAGGCAACAUGAAUCAGAAUCAGCGUCUUGAUGCUAUGGCUAAACUGAAGCAGUUUCAUUGCAGAGUCCUCAUUUCCACAGAUUUGACUUCCCGUGGGAUUGAUGCUGAAAAGGUGAAUCUGGUGGUAAAUUUGGAUGUGCCAGUGGACUGGGAGACAUACAUGCAUCGGAUUGGCAGAGCUGGCCGUUUCGGUACGUUGGGACUGGCAGUGACCUACUGUUGUCGGGGCGAAGAAGAAAAUAUGAUGAUGAAAAUUGCCCAGAAAUGUAAUAUUAACCUUCUGCCUUUACCAGACCCCAUUCCUCCUGGUCUGAUGGAAGAAUGUUUGGAUUGGGAUGUGGAGGUUAAAGCUGUUGUGCACACAAAUGGCUUAGCAAGCGUACCCAGCCCGCCCCUAACGAAGCAAAUUCCAAGAACAGAGAGAACCUCUCAAACCCAGAAAGCUCAUGGUAACCACAUGGCUUCUUAUAGGAAUACUUCUGUAUCUGCACUAUCAGUCAACUCCAAAAACACCACCAAACAAAAGCUUCCUGUGAAAAGCCACUCAGAGUGUGAAAUCCUAGAAAAAGCAGGAUCACCAAAAGCGCGGGGUUGUGCCGCACAGUUGGAAGAGCAAAUGAAGCAUGCUGUUGAGACCCCUGCUGAAAACGCAAACAACAGUCAGCACCAGGCCAAAGAAGAUUUACCUGUGUCACUCCCCCAGAUUCCUUGUCUGUCUUCUUUUAAAGUCCAUCUGCCAUGCACUUUGACGUUUGCCGAAUUGGUAGAGGAUUAUGAACACUACAUUAAGGAGGGGUUAGAGAAACCUGUGGAAAUCAUUAGGCACUACACAGGUCCUGGGGACCAGAUUGUGAAUCCUCAAAAUGGUUUUGUGAGAAACGGAAUUACUGAAGAGAGAGUGCGGGCAUUGGCAGGUAGCAGCCAGUCUGGAGACUCCGAGAGUGACAGUGAUUCUUACAGCUCAAGGACUUCUUCCCAGAGCAAAGGAAAUAAGUCAUGUGUGGAAGGCUCUUCUGACAUUCCCCUGAAAGACUUGGAAUCGACCCAUGCAGAUGGCCAUACCUCUUUGCAACAACCUCUGAAUGGAAAUGAUGCCCCUAAUCUAGUUGAGUAUCAAGGAUCACCUGAAAUCCAGACAAAGGCAAGGCAUAAAGAGGGGGCUAACCAGAGAGCUAAGCAGAGCCGGAGAAACCCUCCUAGGCGGUCCUCCUAUCGGCAGACAGAACCCCAGGAAGAUGAGUGGUAUGACCGCCAUAGGGAAACCCAGGAGGGUUUCCCUGGAACCAAUCAGGAUUAUGAGGAGUACUGGAGAGCGUACUAUAGGGCGUGGCACGAAUACUACACUGCUGCUUCUCAGUCGUAUUACUGGAAUGCUCAGAGGCAUCCAGGCUGGAUGGCGGCCUAUCACAUGAAUACCAUUUACCUGCAGGAAAUGAUGCGUGGCAACCAGUGAUGAUGGCCAUGCCUCAGACUACGUGGAAGUAUCAUCAAGUGAUGCUUCCGUGACCUAUAUAGUAGAGUGGCGUUUUAGGAACUUAAGAAGGCUUACGGCUUUGCCACGGAUACAUCUAUUUCUCAGAUUGUUUUGACCUACCAGUUAUAUUAUUUUAAGAAACUUCAUGGGUCACAUUCUUGAAAGAAGUAUUUUUGGGACAAAGAGCUAAAAGGUCCCAGGGUUCCAUUUUCUAUAAGCCAUUCCAAAAAGAAGCAUUUGAGAAGACUUGUAUCACUGCUUACUUAAAAAAAUAAAAACAGUUCAGAUUUGAAGCUGUUAGU